AUGUCUCCAAAAUGCCCAGACAGACUGCUACCAAAGAUCCAAUGGAAGAAUCAGGAUCAAUAUGUCAACUAUGGGAAGAAGCUCAAUCUCAAUCAGAUUGGAGCAACUGUCCCAGCUACUGUUCCAGCUAUAGUUCCUGGAACUUCAGCAUCCACAAGUAGAGCAUCAAGUGUUGCGAGAAGCGUUAGCACACCUUUGCGACUUACUGGUACUACAGGUUACCAAAUGAUGCAAGUUCCUUCGGGAAUGCAGCUCAUGCAGAUUCCAACUCAAGGUGGCGGCACUGUGACUGUCCCUUACUCAAUGAAUGCUAAUGGUGAAAUUGCGUUCAGCGGAAUGCAACUUGGCCAUCAAGGAUUCAAUGGUGCUCAAGUGCGCCAAGGAUUUGAGGCAACUCAAGCUCGAACUCCGCAGAUCGUGAAGACUGGCUAUUAUGAUACGUCAAAUGACUUCCACGAUGCUAUCAAGGGAAAGGAUGAGAAUGGCAAUGAUGUCUAUCUUAUUCCAUGUCCUGCUGGAACGACAAAUGUCGAACUUCAAGCCGACUGGCAUUAUGCUAGGAAAAAUGAAGAUUUGCCUGAUCUUGCUACUGAAGCAGAUCGAGGUCUGUAG